CAGCUCGGCUCCGGGAGCUCCGCUGCCGCCGCGUUUGUGGACUCGCGCGGGAGAGGACUCGAGUCUGGACCGGACCCCGCGGAGGGCAGAGCCGGGAGAGGAGGGAGAGAAGGAGGCUGAGCAGAGCGCGGCGGCGAGAGCCAUCCAGGUCGCUCACUGCUCUCGGGACGGAAGGCUCACGCGAGGCGGCUCAGCGGCAGGUCUGCUCCAGAGACUCGCUUGGAAAUAGUUCUGGGCCGGAGUCUGCUGGCAUCCUUGCUGGGGCAGAGUUCUGGACCUGUUGCCCAGGCGGUGUUGGCUCACGUUGUGGUUUUGAGAAAGCCUGAGGGCCAGAAAGCAGUCCUGGGAGAAGCCCUCUGGGUGGGCAGUCGGAACCUUCAGGUCCAGAGGAGAAGGCGUCCCCUCACCUGGACUUAUGACCCGCGGCUUCGCCCCCAGCCUGCCUGUCGAGUUCCCCAAGAUGGGCUCUUUCCGCAGGCCCAGACCGCGCUUCAUGAGCUCCCCGGCGCUCAGCGACCUGCCCCGCUUCCAGGCAGCCCGCCAGGCUCUGCAGCUGAGCUCCAACUCGGCCUGGAACAGCGUCCAGACUGCCGUGAUCAAUGUCUUUAAAGGGGGCGGCUUGCAAAGCAAUGAGCUCUACACACUGAACGAAAACAUCAGGAGGCUGCUGAAGAGUGAACUUGGAUCGUUCAUUACAGACUAUUUUCAGAACCAGCUUCUAGCAAAAGGACUGCUGUUUGUGGAGGAGAAGAUUAAGCUAUUUGUAGCAGGUUCCCAGGAGAGGCGCCUUCCUGCUGCCAGGUUGAAGGAUGACUUCAUUGCUGAUGAGUAUUCCAUCUUGGAGGUGAAGGGGAGUGAAAAUCGCAUGGAGGUUCUGGCUGACGUCUGGGACCACUUCUUCACUGAGACGCUCCCCACCCUGCAGGCAAUAUUCUAUCCAGUUCAGCUCCACCCUGCACCCCUGCGAGAGGAUUUGAAGCAUUUAUGUGGAUGGUUCACUCCCUGUGUCCACAGACUUCUCCCUUCUCUGCAAUACUCACUCUUCGGCCAACAGUGGGUCUUAAGAAGACACACCAGGGAGGGCCAGGAGCUGACCAUCCGCCAGAUCUCCCUGCUGGGCUUCCGUGACCUGGUCCUGCUGAAGGUGAAGCUGGAUGACUUGCUGCUGCUGGCCCAGCCCCAGCUGCCCUCGUCCAUCGUCCAGAUGUUGCUCAUCCUGCAGAGUGUCCACGAGCCCACAGGCCCAAGCGAGGGUUAUUUGCAGCUGGAGGAGCUGGUGAAGCAGGUCGUUUCUCCUUUCCUCGGCAUCAGCGAGGACCGCAGCGUCUCAGGCCCCACGUACACACUGGCCAGGCGCCACUCCAGGGCCCGGCCCAAGGUCACGCUCUUGAGCUACGCCUCCCCGAUGACUGCCGUCAGCCGGCCCCUGAACGAGAUGGCCCUGACCCCUCUGACGGAGCAAGAGGGCGAGGCCUACCUAGAGAAGUGUGGCAGUGUCCGGCGACACACGGUGGCCAAUGCCCACUCGGACAUCCAGCUGCUGGCCAUGGCCACCAGGAUGCACUCGGGCUUAGGGGAGGAGCCUGGCGGCGAGGACAAGUGCCUGCUUCUGCCACCCAGCUUCCCGCCACCCCACCGGCAGUGCUCCAGUGAGCCCAACAUCACUGAUGGCCCCGAUGAGCCGGAGCAGGUGGCAGCGGGCAGCCAGGAGGACUCAGAGCUGAACUGUUCAUCCCUCAGCUGAAUGCCCGCCUCUGGGACCUCCCAGCUCCUGCCUGGCCACCAGGAUGAGGGCAGCUUCAUCUGCGAGGACCACCGAGGGGAGCUCUUCCUUUGGGCAAUGCUGCCUUAUGCCUUUCCAGGUACAGGCUAGUGUGAGCGCCCUUGGGAAAAUCCCCGUCGUGAGCCUUUCCAUUUUCAUGACUGUGACCACCUACCUCUUGGCGGCCACACAGAUCCAACUGCCUAAUGUUCACCUUCUGACUUUCAGCCUUGCCUGCCUGACUCAACUCAAAUCCUCCUCUCUGGGCUUUUCCCCUCAGAUAUUGGACUAUCUGAUCCUCCCAGCCCUAUAUUGCAGUGCCCCUGGCGUUCCCUAUAGCAGGAAGUCGUCCGACCCACACACACAGCCAGCAAGGAUGUGUUGGCGUGUGGAUUUCCCCUUGAGGGUCCUUGUGAUACAGAGGCCGAUGGGUGAAAAGAGGCAAUAGAGAGGUACCUCUUCUCUCCGUCUUGUGUGGAGUAAAAGUAGACUGCAGCCCCUCCCAAGCCUGACUCUGGGAAUGCAGCUUUCAUUUCAGCUUCAGAAUUACUGGGAAAGAGUGGCCCCACCGGUGGGUGAGGGUCCAUCCUCACCUAUAUCCAGACCCUAUGUGCUGCCCUUGGCUUUUGGCCCAGGAGGGCCACAGUGCUGGAGGAACCCUGUCUUUGAUUAAGCCUCAGCAUUUCCCUCUCAGGCUUCCUCCACGACUCAAGGAACUAACCUUCCCGGUGGAGUAGCUGGUGCCUCCCUCCCUGUCUCAUUUCAGAAACGACCCUUUUCCUAUUGUGGGUGUGGGGCCAGCUGAUACCAACCAACCAGUCUGUUCCUGGAUUUGACUUGAAUUUUUUAAAUGUGCAUCGUUUCAAAAAUAAAUUGCUUGCAAGUAUUUGCACGUAGGCUCUUGCACUGCUCAUUUCCAAUGGGGUGUGUCUUCAAACUGAAAAACAGCAAACCCCCUAAGAAAGGAGACUGGAAGUGGUCCAGGGUGAAAGUGAUCCGUGGUGGGCAGGGCUUAGAGGCCGCAGAGCUCUGGAAGCAGCUGGACUUGAAUCCAGUGUGGCCUGUGUUUGUGAGUGUUGUGGUUUAUAGGAAAAGUUGCAUUGAGAUAGAGAGACUCAGCUUGUCUCAUGAGCUGAGAGUUCUAGCAAAUGGGAUGUCUCAGCGCUCUACAGUGCAGGGAGCUGGGAAAGAUGUGGGCAGGACCUUUUGGAGAGAUGUCCAUUCCCUGUGAUUAAAGAAGUGCCUGGAAUGUAUAACCUGUGGGGCCUUGACAUGUUUUGGGGGGCAGCGGGCUUUGGUACUGUGCUAUAUAUAUCCUCAGCACUCCUCCCUCCAUCCAGGUCUGGGCUUUUUAUCUCCGUUGACCUCCCUGUUCUUUUUGUAUUUGCCUGUUGGCCCCGCUGAUAACAGCUCCAGAAAAAAGAGGAGGCCCCUGGGCCCUUCUGGCACCUUCUAGGUAUCCUGUUAAUCUUUGGAAACUUUGUUUAUGAAAUGUCAGAGACAUGAGCCAGUUUGGCUUCCAAUAUGGCAGGAGGUGGCCGGGAGAGAAUGAGGACAGUUUAAGCUGCCAACAGAGGAGGAAAGCUUCUAAGCUCAUCUAAGCCUUGACAGCAUUUCCCUUCUGGGUGAAGAUUUGAAAUAUGACCAGAGGCAUGCUUUUGAUGGCUUUUGAUUUGGAAAUUUUGUUUAAAAAGUUGUUUUGUUUUCAGCCUUUUAAGAGAUUGAUGGAAGAGAAAUGUCCAAAGGAGAUCUUCUGAGAAUUUCAAACAAAAAAUAAUCUGUGUAUGCGUUGGAUAAAGUCCACAAAUUCACUAACAGGUAUCAGUAGGUAACCACAUGAUGAUUUAUUUUAACUGAUGGCUUCUGUCCUUAUUGGUACACUUAGCACUUGGGACUAGUAUUUAUUGAUCCAGGCAAAGUAAUUAAUCAUGCUUGGGUUUGCUUUUUUAGUUUACAACCUGAAUGAUAUAUAUGUCUUUAAAUGCUUUUUCCACACACUAAAUGCCCCUGAUGGGGACAUCAGUCAUCAGUUAAAUAUGUAAGCUCUUAGGCCGAGAAUGGGAGUGUCAGUACAGACCCAGUGUACUUAAUUGCUAAUGAAUGUUAGCCAGUUUACAACUUUACCUUUGAUGUACACACCUGAUAUUUGUACAGUAUUUCGCACUGUACAUAUA